UGCUGUAGUACAUUUUAGGACAAAAAGUCUUUUAAAAGCAUGAAAAUAGCAGCAGACGGGUCUCGUUUGCUUUGGCAGAGGGAACAGCUUUCCCUCCCAAGUAGCUCUGGGUAAGACCUAAUCUCCAAAGGUGAUCUUGUAAGGCCCAAGUUCCAAGUGACAGCAGGCGACUCUGCAUUUAAAGUACUCCUUCACUCUUAACCUCCUUGUUAUUUUUGCAAGUUUACUUUCUAGGAAGUAGUUUACAAAUGGCCACCGCCCAUUUCCUAUCUUUUUCUCAGGUCAUUCAGCAUCUGUAGCUGCCAGGUGGGAUCAAGAGGCUCUUGUGGGCUUCCUUUGAGACUCCCAAGGGGGGGAUGGUUUCUGCAAGUACAGCGCAUUAGCCCCUGGCAGUUGGAGAAAAGCUGUCUGAAGAAAUCGUGUUCUCUGGCCCUUGGGUGUCUGGCAUAUAUAGUAAGACAUAAAAACAUGCACCCAGCUGGCUCCACAGACUGAUGAAAGUUGGAAAGGGGUUUCUCAUUGUCACUAUAUAGAAAUACCAGCAUUUGUCAGCGGUUUCUUGCUUCUGAAUAGACACUAGAUGGGAACAGAAUGGGAUGGUUAAAUCAGACUGGUCCCUACUCUCCAGGAAGUCUCAAAGUAGAUUGCAAGUGCCUUGUUGACACUGAUUUUUGGUGCCAGCAUUUGCCUCCUGUGUUUUAGCUCCUCAUUUCACAAGGUUGUUCCUUGGGUGACAGGCUCCCCAUUAGCAGCCAACACAGCAUUCCUCUGAGUGAGCCUUCCUGACCCAACCAGCUGCAGCAAUGAGCCAGCUCGCUCUGGUCUGUUUUCCAUAUGCCAGGACCUAUUGCUGACCCUGAAGAGAUCAAACUAAGAUGACUACAGAGAGGCAGACCUGCAAAAAUAGUAUAAUCUUUCACCCCUUAUUCAGACUGGAGUAGCCCCCGCUUUCUCUCUCCUCCUUUACGACUUCUUGUCUUAUUUUCUCUUGGGUCUGAUAGGCUUGGGCAAGAGAGAACUGUUUACUAAGCAGUCUUGCAAAUUUUGAUCAUUAGCCUCUUUGCAUGCCAAAAAGUGAAGGUGGUCCCAGAACAUUAAACUUGGAAGGACUAGUCUAAACUCCUCAUUUUAAUGUUGGGAUCACACAGACUCAGCGAGGUUAAGUGACUUGUUCAAUGUCCCACACUGCUUAGAGAUACCAGACCAGACCCAAGGCUUCCUGGGGGUUUACUCUGUAUCUCUGGUACACUUAGGUGUUGCUAAUGUACCCAUCUCCAUGGGAGAAAGGUGUAUCUUUGGGACACGUCAUAGCAGAGAAUAGUAGUGAGGCCAGUGAUGAAGAAUGGAGAGUGUAGAAAUCAGACUGCCUGGAUUUGAAUCCCUUUUCCUUUGUAGACUGGCUCUGGGACUGGAGGCCAAAUCCCUUAAACUCUUGAGUUCUCUUCUCUGUAAAAAGAAUUGUAGUAUCUUCCUCAUAUGGUUUGUAGUGGGUUAAAUGUGACAGUUACUGUGAAUCCCCUCAGUACAUAUGUGUAAUUUAAAAGAUACCACUAUUACUAAAUGUUUUAAAUCUCCUUUCCACAUGGACCAACCAGAUUGACCCUUUGACUCUUGACUCUUUCCUUUCCAUGUGGUGUUUCCAGUCAUUUAAAGACCAAACAAGACCCGCUUCUCUGAAACUUUCCCACAGGGUGAACUUUGGAGUCUGACAGGCUGGUUUUAUUUCCUAGUUCCCCUGCUUAGUAGUUAAGAAACCUCGGUUUGCUCAUCUGUAAAAACUCUGACAAGCUCUAGGUGUCUGUGAGGUCAAAGGCGGAUGAUACAUAGGAAGCGUGCAGCCCUGUGCACAUCACACACAUCACUUCCCCUUAGUCAGCCCUCCACCUUUCUUUCCGUAACACUAAUUCACACACCUCUCUCCUUUUCCUGUCUCCAGUCACCCUGUGUCCUUGUGUGGUUUAGCCCGUCAUGGUCAUUAUCUUCCAUAACAGGUAGAUAGUAAACCUGAGAAGACCCAGGGACUUACCUGAUCUCGCUUCACGAAACUGCCUACAGGAUAGAUCAGCUCCUGAUCCCUCUUUGGAGCCAGAACAUCCACAGGGACCACAGCCUCUGGGAUCGCCCCUGGCCAGCAGUGCCAGCUCCAGGCAUGGGGCCAGGCAGGCAGCCAAGCCCAUCCCCAUGAACAGCAGCCAGGGCUGGUACUGUGAGGGGGGGAGGGGAGACUAGGGCUGAUGUGCAGAGAGGGAGGGUGACAGAAUCAUUUGGAGCCGAGAUUGAAGGAGAAAAGCUGGAGGCUGAUUGUGGUCCAGCAUAAACUGAGCUGAGAGAUAACUGGCACCAAUCUUUCAGGUUGGCUAGCUCCUCUGGCUGAUGGCAUGUUGAGGCACAUGGGCCAGUGGCAGCGAGGGCAUCUGAUCCAGAGGGGGCCACUCUAGAGGCCAGGCCACCAGCACCAUGGGCCAGUGCGUCACCAAGUGCAAGAAUCCCUCAUCAACCCUGGGCAGCAAGAAUGGAGACCGUGACCCCAGCAGCAAGUCACACAGCAGGCGGGGUGCAGGCCACCGCGAGGAACAGCCACCAGCCUGUGGCAAGCCAGGUGGGGAUAUCCUUGUCAAUGGGACCAAGAAGGCAGAGGCUGUCACCGAACCCUGCCAGCUGCCAACGUCCUCUGGAGAUGCUGGGAGGGAGCCCAAGUCCAAUGCCGAGGAGUCUUCCCUGCAGAGGUUGGAAGAACUGUUCAGGCGUUACAAGGACGAGCGGGAGGAUGCAAUUUUGGAGGAAGGCAUGGAGCGCUUUUGCAAUGACUUAUGUGUUGACCCCACGGAAUUUCGAGUGCUGCUCUUGGCUUGGAAGUUCCAGGCUGCUACCAUGUGCAAAUUCACCAGGAAGGAGUUUUUUGAUGGCUGCAAAGCAAUAAGUGCAGACAGCAUUGAUGGGAUCUGUGCACGGUUCCCUAGCCUCUUAACAGAAGCCAAACAAGAGGAUAAAUUCAAGGAUCUCUACCGGUUUACAUUUCAGUUUGGCCUGGACUCUGAAGAAGGGCAGCGGUCACUGCAUCGGGAAAUAGCCAUUGCCCUGUGGAAACUAGUCUUUACUCAGAACAAUCCUCCAGUAUUGGACCAAUGGCUAAACUUCCUAACGGAGAACCCCUCGGGGAUCAAGGGCAUCUCCCGGGACACUUGGAACAUGUUCCUUAACUUCACUCAGGUGAUUGGCCCAGACCUCAGCAACUACAGUGAAGAUGAGGCCUGGCCAAGUCUCUUCGAUACCUUUGUGGAGUGGGAAAUGGAGCGAAGGAAAAGAGAAGGGGAAGGGAGAGGUGCACUCAGCUCAGGGCCCGAGGGCUUGUGUCCCGAGGAGCAGACUUAGUGGCUCUAUCCCAGGAGCAGCAGCAGCAGCCGCAGCAAGGAUCUGCCUGCUGCUCUGUAGCCAACUGAGGGAUUGGACCUUUCUGGAAAUUACUGAAGAUCCAGAUAUUUUCUACUUUACACCUUUCUCUGCCUUGUAUCUGAAAGGGCUCUAAAAUGCUGUAUCAUGUUUUAGGCACUUUCUUCACUUUUUGGUUAUUUUGGUUAUUUCUUUUUUUGGGGGGGUUCCCCCAAAAUAUUUGAACCUGGCUACAUGUUGUGUAUCUUUUUUUUGAAGCCUUCAGAUAGAAUAAGCCUGCCAUUUCUUGCACAAAUUAGAUUUUUUUUUUUUUUUUUUGUGGGGGAGGGUAUAGAGCAGGGAGGGGGGAAUGGGAUGGUUAGGUUGAAUUAACAUUACAAGAUGAUACAGUGCCAGAUCUCAGUUUUGCAUAUUCUGUUUUUCAGGGCAGGUCUGUACUGUGUGUAGUGCUGUUUACAUGGUUGGAUUUAGGUUAUAAUAAUUAUUUUAAAAGAUUUACACAGAAUUGAAUAGCAGUGUUAACUGUUAACCAUAUUGCAUUAAUUCCCAGGCGAUUUAAAGCUCUUGGAGAGCCAAGGCCAGCCAAGAGCAUUUGUAGUCUGGUGACAACCCCCUUUGAAGCUAAUUUAUCCGAACCCCUUUUCUUCACUUCUUGCUCAUUCCUUCUUUGACCUAUUUCAUUUCAUGUUGCAUUUAUCCAUCAACAUGCUGCACCUGUCAGUCAAGUGAGCAGUUUUUUUUAUACCACAUUGUACUGAGAACCACUUAAGCAUUGAAUGCAGAGAAAGCAGUGCUACCUCAGUUUUGCUGGAAGUAGACUUUGAUAGUUUUUUUUUUUUUUUUUUUGAUGAAUUUUCUGUAUUUUCAUGUUGUAGGUGAAAAUACCUUUUUUUUUUUUUUUUCAUUUGCCUUGGAGCCAAAGUUUCUGUUCCUGGUGGUCGGAAAACUGUGCCUGCCGGCCAACUGACUUGAAGGAAAACUGUGGUAUGGAGCUCUGCUUGAAUUUUUUUUUUUUUUUUUUUUAAUUUUUUUUUUUUUGAUUAUCAUCAGCUUACUUGUCUGGCAAGUGCAGAAGCCUGGGACUGGCCUGAACUCUGCCAAACAAAUAUAGAAGUGUAUUUAAUAGUUAAACUUGUGCCCUUUCCCUUCUUGCUGCACCCAUGUUGUCACUUAAUCCCCAGGAGUUAUUUAUUACCUUCUUUGUUAAUGUCAAGCUCAUUUGGGGUAAUGUGAUAACUGUUUAGGUUUACAUGACCCUCCUCUCUUUUUCCCUACCCCCAAAUAUGUAUAUAUACAUAUAUAAGAUAUGUAUAUAUUUUACCUAUAUAAAAUAUAUAUAUACACAUAUAUGUAUCUAUAUUCCUUUAUUUCUUUGCCUGCUAAAACUGGCCAUAAAAGAGGGAGCUGCCUUCAAUAUAUAAAGCAUAAGAAGAGUGCCAGGGAAUGUCAUAAAUGGAGGCUUUUGAAUCUGAAUUUGGACCAUUUUCACUAAAGAGAAGAUGAAUUUUCUCAGCCCUUUCCUCAUACGAGGGAGGGCCAGUUCCCCAGACUCCUUUACGUGCUUGCUCCAUAAGGUCUGCUUUGGCCAUACUGCCACACGGGAGCUGACUCUGGUCCUACCCAGUUUCAGUAGAGGGUCCUCUUGUUAUUUUUCCAUUUAAAAAAACGGCCUCAAAAAACUGUACUGGAAGGGUGGGUGGCAGGAACUUGUAUAGUUCAGCUUCCAACACUUUGGAAUAGAUUGAAAAGGGAAUCUUUUGAAUAAAAACUUUUAAAAUAUUUAUACUCUUGAGAUAAUGAGAGUUUGUCUAUUAAACAUUUGGAGUUUUCUUCCCUAACUACUCCCAUCUGCCUCCCAGGUAUGUUUCUCAGCCUGGGCAGAAUUUGCUUAUUUUGAGUUCCUUUAUUAGUAGCCUAUGGCUCCAGGCUCCCAUCUUUCCAAAGAGGAUUAUUUAAAGAGUUUCUGCGGUCGAUGUUUUCUAAGAUUGACAAUGACCUAGGAAAUGUACUUGGGGGCUUGAUUUUUUUUUUUUUUUUUAAAGCCCCUAAACCUUACAGUUGCUUCUUCUAGAGGGCUAGAAGGGAAACUUUCAAAUCAGCCACAGCAAGUUAGCAGUACUGCUGGAAAGCUGAAGAGGGUCUUAGGCCAGAUGUCUGGCUUUUGUUCUAGCCUAAGACACAAGUUCCUUGAAUAAAGAGAGUUUUUAGGGGCCCAUUGGGUUUUGUGGGCUCAACUGUAGUCAGGGUGCCCAGACUGAGGUCUUAAAGGGGGAAUGCCUUUUUAUCCAGCCAGUCUGCGACCUCUAGUUUUUCCUGAUUCUGGACUGGGUCAAGGUUGAAAAGGGAGAAAGGCAGGCUGCUUCUCCUAGUCCGGUAAGGCUCUCUUCUUAGAUGACAAGGGUGUAUGGAGAGAAGUGCACAAAAGAGGGAGGCACUGAGGAUCCUGAGGACUCUGGAGAAACUGGAUUCCUUUCCCAGCCUACAAGGUAGCAUUCCAUGCAUGAGGUGUACUAGACUGGGUGGAUUUUGUAAAUUAACUAUUCAGCCUCCCCACCCCCCAGAAAAGGGCCAGUAAAGAAAUUAUUUUUGGUUAUAUUUUUAAUGAUGUAUUUGUUACAGAUAUGCAAAUGAGAAACCAGAAAAGGGAGCCGUUAGGUAAGGACUUAAAGGGUCCUUCCAGGUUUGACUUCAUGAUGCAAGGAAUUCAAGCUUCCACAGUAGCUCUGCGCCAAUGUUUGACUACAGGAAAAGCAAUUUUGCAAAGGGAUCGAAGAUGGGUGUGUAUGUAGGAUUUGUAGUCAUUUCUGGGAAGUGAAAGGUCUCUGGUCCUUUUAACCUAGAAACAGGUUUUCUGUUUAAUGGGUGAGUAAUUGUGUGGAAGAGGCCAAAUGCGUGCCCCUCAGGUAAGCCAGUGCACUCUUCACUUUAACAAUGUAACACCAGGGUGGUGUGAAGAGGGGCAGGAUAUGGAUGCAAUUUUGAAAAUAGGCAAAUAUUUGAGGGUAACUACAAUACAUUGAAUACGUAUUGGGAAAUUCUUGGUUUUCAGCAAAUGGCUGAGUUUGUGGUUAGUGAUUAGAAAGCUGUAUGAGAUGAAGUGUUGCUUCAUUGAAAUGCUCUUCCCCCAUCCCUGCCAUAUUUGAAUGUAUCAUUAACUCCACCUAUUGUAAUGACUUUGCUGUGCUUCAGCUGGUUGCCUCAACAGUAUUUCCUCAUCUGUGCCAGAUGUGCUCACAUCUGUGAGAUGUGAGAUAGGUCCCAGACACCAUGUCUACCCUUCCGAUAAGAAGUAUUAGAGCUGGGUAAAGAUCCCAAUUUCAACCAAGCCCACAGGCCCAAAGAAAUCCAACUGAAAAUGUACAGGGCAGUGUUUUUGACAUUAAAACUUUCCUAAGGAAGGCACAAACUAGCCUUCUUAGGAAGAAGGGAUUAAGCCACAAAGUAUUUAAUCAGUCUUUGAAACAGUCUUGAUUUCCCAGAGGCUGAUGCCAAAUUCAGCCCUCAUUGCUGGAGCCUGUAGGAUGUGGGACUCCAUAGUUCGUGUGAUGGCCUCAAAUACUACACACUAUGCCAAAUUGCAUUAAACAAUAGUGGGAAAUUACUGGGAUAAGGACUUGGGUCUAAAAGUUGAAGAACCAAAAUAUCCGUAUUUAGGACUUUGGUUUGCCACAUUUAAAGUGAAGCCUUGAGUGUAGUGAAGCCCAGAAGUAGACCCAAUUAUACAAUUAUAAGGGCUGGAGAGAAGAUGCUGCUAGGUUUGUUUUGUUUUAGCUGCCUGCUUUCGCCUUUUUCUUGUGUCUCUAAUGUUUGAUUAGCGAUGACUUGAACAUCUUGGCAACUGACAAAGGUCUUCAGUGGUGGACUCUAGCAGUAUCUUGUUUAGAAAGGACUAUUAAAAGUACAGUAUGUUGAGACUCACUUGAGGACAUUCACAUUGAUCCUCAACUUACUCCAUAAUCUGUUUUUUGAAUCUUACAGGGUGGUUCCCACUCACCCCUUUUAGAAUUUAUUCCUAUAAGCUGUAAUUAUAGCAUAUAUCCAGUUUAAUCUGGACUGGGGGCCGUGUUUUAGUGAGGAUCUGCAGGUGUUUUUUCUUACUGAAAGACAGACUUGAGCACUGGUUGCAGACGCCAAGAUGAUUUAUAUAGCCUUGAGUAACCGUCAGGUACUGCGGCAUCACAUCCUCCCUAUUCCUCUUGGAAACUAAGCCUGCUUUCAUAGAUACCUUUUUCCACCAUGCACCUUCCCUUCUUUCAAUAUAAUCUUGGAUAAUGCCAAAGGAAGCCAUUCAACAGAAGCACACCUCCCCCCCACCCACCGCCCCUGCCAUUUAUUCUGGGGGAAGUGUCUUCCCUCUGACUCUGGUCCCCAGCCCCGAAUCUGUAAUAAACUCCUCUUACCUGUUGCACUAAUGAAUAUAAUUCUAGGUUUCAAAGGGGGAAUUUGAAGCAAUAGGCAAAUGGGGCUUGGAUGAAUUGGUCCUACAGAUACCCUGCCUUAACCCACUGAGGUGAUGAGUCCACUACUCAUGUGACCCUCCACCUUUGUGGAUUCCUCUUGGUUUGUGACCAGUCUGUCUGUUUCUUGAGGUUGUACAAACUUGUUGACAAAGGUCAAUACUUUUGUUUGUAUUCUCUGCACUGUUGCACUCUCCAAAUGGCCCCUUGAAUAUUUUUAACUUGUUACACACGUUUUGGUCUUUGUCUACAUUUUUCUUUUGAUGUUUUUGUUUUUUUAUUUGAAAGGUUACCUGCUGUUGGAUUUAAUAAAUUUGUUUACUUGACUGUU